AUGGGAAAGGAAGCCAUGCCUGGUUUUGUGCUACUGUUCUUGUUGUUGUUAAGAGUAUUGAUACACUCAGACGCUGACGAAGAAGGAUUCGACGUUCGCCAACAUCUCUCAACUGUCUCUAGAUAUGAUGUUGUGAAAGACAUUUCUGACAAUUCUUUUGUUCCUUCCAAGAUUCCAGAUCAAUGUACUCCUAUCCAUUUAAAUCUUGUGGUAAUCCUCACUUACAACCUCAGAACUGAUAUUGGGAAUGGCUAG